AUGUCAAGAUCUCAUACAGCCCAUGUCAAUAACAAUUUAGGAUCUCAUACGGCCCAUGUCAAUAACAAUUUAGGAUCUCAUACAGCUCAUGUCAAUAACAAUUUAGGAUCUCAUACAGCUCAUGUCAAUAACAAUUUAGGAUCUCAUACGGCCCAUGUCAAUAACAAUUUAGGAUCUCAUACAGCUCAUGUCAAUAACAAUUUAGGAUCUCAUACGGCCCAAGUCAAUAACAAUUUAGGAUCUCAUACGGCCCAAGUCAAUAACAAUUUAGGAUCUCAUACGGCCCAUGUCAAUAACAAUUUAGGAUCUCAUACAGCUCAUGUCAAUAACAAUUUAGGAUCUCAUACGGCCCAAGUCAAUAACAAUUUAGGAUCUCAUACGGCCCAUGUCAAUAACAAUUUAGGAUCUCAUACAGCUCAUGUCAAUAACAAUUUAGGAUUCCAUACGGCCCAUGUCAACAACAAUUUAGGAUCUCAUACGGCCCAUGUCAACAACAAUUUAGGAUCUCAUACAGCUCAUGUCAAUAACAAUUUAGGAUCUCAUACAGCUCAUGUCAAUAACAAUUUAGGAUCCCAUACGGCCCAUGUCAACAACAAUUUAGGAUCUCAUACAGCUCAUGUCAAUAACAAUUUAGGAUCUCAUACAGCUCAUGUCAACAACAAUUUAGGAUCCCAUACGGCCCAUGUCAACAACAAUUUAGGAUCUCAUACAGCUCAUGUCAAUAACAAUUUAGGAUCUCAUACAGCUCAUGUCAACAACAAUUUAGGAUUCCAUACGGCCCAUGUCAACAACAAUUUAGGAUCUCAUACAGCUCAUGUCAAUAACAAUUUAGGAUCUCAUACAGCUCAUGUCAACAACAAUUUAGGAUCCCAUACGGCCCAUGUCAACAACAAUUUAGGAUCUCAUACAGCUCAUGUCAAUAACAAUUUAGGAUCUCAUACAGCUCAUGUCAACAACAAUUUAGGAUCCCAUACGGCCCAUGUCAACAACAAUUUAGGAUCUCAUACAGCUCAUGUCAAUAACAAUUUAGGAUCUCAUACAGCUCAUGUCAACAACAAUUUAGGAUCCCAUACGGCCCAUGUCAACAACAAUUUAGGAUCUCAUACAGCUCAUGUCAAUAACAAUUUAGGAUCUCAUACAGCUCAUGUCAACAACAAUUUAGGAUUCCAUACGGCCCAAGUCAACAACAAUUUAGGAUCUCAUACAGCUCAUGUCAAUAACAAUUUAGGAUCUCAUACAGCUCAUGUCAAUAACAAUUUAGGAUUCCAUACGGCCCAUGUCAACAACAAUUUAGGAUCUCAUACAGCUCAUGUCAAUAACAAUUUAGGAUCUCAUACAGCUCAUGUCAACAACAAUUUAGGAUCUCAUACAGCCCGUGUCAAUAACAAUUUAGGAUCUCAUACAGCUCAUGUCAACAACAAUUUAGGAUCUCAUACAGCUCAUGUCAAUAACAAUUUAGGAUCCCAUACAGCCCGUGUCAAUAACAAUUUAGGAUCUCAUACAGCUCAAGUCAACAACAAUUUAGGAUCUCAUACAGCCCAUAUCAACAACAAUUUAAGGAUUCCAUACAGCUCAUGUCAACAACAAUUUAGGAUCCCAUACAGCUCAUGUCAACAACAAUUUAGGAUUCCAUACGGCCCAUGUCAACAACAAUUUAGGAUCUCAUACAGCCCAAGUCAAUAA